AUGGGCUCUGGGGCAAGUCUUCGCGCAAAGCGCGCGCAGAAGCAGACCUCUCUGGAGCAUCCGCACAGCUCGGACGGCAUUAGCUUCGAUGUGUUGAAGGAUGUUCAGCACCUGUUCCGUGAAAUUCCACCGAGUCAUCCUUUCCUCAGCAGUCGGACAUCGGAGGCAAUCCGCGAGGCAGUUCCUCCAGAACACAAUCUUCCAUUUCGUGCUGAGCGAGUCACUGCUUACGAUGCAGACGCAUGGGAAAGGCGCUUCCAGCACCUACAUGUAUGGGUGCCCCGAUGCAAAGUCAGGAAGGUCGCAAGCUUGUGUGUUGUGGGGGCACAAAAGCUUUUGUUGAUCCGCUGCAUCAACAUAGAGUCGUGUUAUUGUUUGACUUGCGUAAAGGACUUGCACAAAGCCUGCAAUUGCAAGGCGGGCUUGUGUACUCCAUCUGACACAACAUGUCUCACCGGAUUCUCGCUCAAGUGA